AUGCGCAAACCCUUCGGAGGGCCAAAAUUGCCCGUAGAGUUACGGAACCAACUUGGAGAUCCAGCAAACAACAAGCAGCGCAAAGGACCGCGUAAUGGACCACUCAAUCGCAAAGACAGGCGCAAAGCCGAUCGCGUAGAGAAGAAGCGACAGAACAAGCAAGGCAGGAAGCCUGCGCCAACACAUCCACAUAAUGGCCGAGGACCGCGUCGUGAAGCCGAAUCGGAAGAUGAGGACGAGGAAGAGGAGAUAGAUUGGGACAACAUCGAAUCAGACGCCACACCACCACCGGUAGAGAAGAAGGAGCCGCAAAAGCCUCUGAAAGGCAUACUCAAGACAAAACCCUCAAAUUCAGAGGAAGCAUCGCCUCCGCCUGCGAAAGUAUCACGCGCCACAAGAGACAGACUAGCCCAGGACGAUGCCGAAAUUGCUGCACUGGAAAAAAGAUUAGGUGUGAAGGGCAAGAAGAAAUCCAAGGGAGCAGAUGGCGGUCUCGAUGACCUGUUUGAGGGCCUUGGAGAUCUCGGAGAUUUUAGCGACGAAGAGGGUGCUCAGCCGUCAAAGCGUAAAAGGGAUGAAGAUGACGACUGGCUUGCAAGUAAGAGGCGGAAGGCCCUAGGCCAGAAGUCGGAUGAAGAAGAAGACGACAAUUCAGAAGCGUCUGAGUCUGACGAAGACUUGGACAUAGAAGAGGCAGACUUUGAUGACGAAGACGAGACAGACUACGAUGAGGAAAGUGAUUUAGGCUCUGAAGACGACAAUGCCGAAGAGGCUGAGCCAGAACAACCAAAGAAACGAGAAAAUCCAUACGUUGCUCCUGUAGCACCGGAUGCCCAGCCGACCAAAUAUAUACCACCUGCGCUUAGAGCACCACCUUCAUCGGAUUCAGAGGCUUUACUACGUCUUCGAAGGCAGAUACAAGGUCUUUUCAACCGUCUUUCGGAAGCCAACAUACUCUCCAUCUUGCGCGAAAUUGAGACUAUCUACCAGAACAACCCCCGUGGAUAUGUCAACAACACACUGGUCGAUCUAUUGAUUGGAAUGCUAUCAGAUCCCACCGCUCUCCUGGAUACUUUCCUGAACCUGCACGCCGGUUUUAUUGCUGCGAUCUACAAAAUUAUUGGACCAGACUUCGGGGCACAGAUGGUAGAGCGGAUUGUUGCGGAAGUUGACAGACACUAUCAAGCAAACAAAGACGGUUCUGGAAAGCAGACGUCGAAUCUCAUAUCCGUGGUGGCAGAGCUAUAUACGUUCCAAGUCAUUGGCAGCAAUAUUGUAUUCGACUACAUUCGAUUCUUUCUCGACGAGCUUACCGAAAUCAACACCGAACUUCUGUUGAGAAUAGUCCGGGCAGCGGGUCCACAGCUACGCCAAGAUGACCCGACCUCUCUGAAGGACAUUGUUGUUCUUCUUCAGAAGUCUGUCGCCAAGGUUGGCCAGAACAACUUGCCGGUUCGCACCAAGUUCAUGAUUGAAACAAUCAACGACCUCAAAAACAACAAAAUGAAGACUGGUAUCGCUUCUUCGGUAAUCUCGAGGGAGCAUACAACCCGGAUGAAGAAGCAGCUUGGUACGCUGAACUCACGGAAUCUCAAGGCGACCGAACCACUACGGGUUGGUCUGAAGGAUAUCAGAGAUACUGAGAAGAGAGGCAAAUGGUGGCUUGUCGGAGCAAGUUGGCGCAAUCAACCAGGAAACGAGGAGCCGGCCAAGGAUAACGGAAAAUUUGAACAGACCACGACACAUAUCGAUGACGAGGGCGAUGACAGCGAAGUUGAUCUUGUACAGCUUGCUCGCGAGCACCGUAUGAACACAGACAUUCGGCGGGCUAUCUUCAUCUCUAUAAUGUCUGCCAGCGACUUCAAGGAUGCGCAGAUAAGAUUGAAUAAGCUCAAUCUCAAAAAGUCUCAAGAAGCAGAGAUACCACGAGUCAUUGUUCACUGUGCGGGCGCCGAGAAGACCUACAACCCUUACUACACUGUACUUGCGCGCAAGAUUUGCUCCGAUCACAAGACCCGCAAGAGCUUUCAAUUCGCGCUGUGGGAUAUCUUCAAGAGUUUAGGGGAAAAGCAAGAUGACGCGGACGAUGAUGACGAUGAUGACGAAAUGGACACCGACAUGUCCCUUCGAAAGCUUGUCAAUCAGGGCAAGCUGUAUGGCACAUUGAUUGGCCGUAAAGCCAUGCCAAUUAUCAGUCUCAAGAACCUCAACUUCCCCUACUUGCAGCCGAAAACCAAGACUUUUGUUGAAGUCUUACUUGUUACUACCAUUCUGGAGGCAUUGAAGACAUCCAAGACAAAAGACAAGCGUGACGAACGGGCUGUCCGGGAGGUAUUUGUAGAGACAGAUCAAGCACCAGAAAUGAUUGCCGGUUUGCAAUUCUUCUUGAAGAAGACAGUUAGUAAGACGGAGAUUGUUGAGGAAGCGGAGAAGGAAACGCCGUAUACCUCACGGCUUCUUUUGGUUAUGUUUCCUCCGGCCAUCUUCACCAUGUUCCGCUCACUGGCACCCCGCGCCGCUCAACGGGCGUCGCGACCCGUCACCCGAAGCACAUUCUGCGCAUCCAACAUUUACUUCCAGAACCGGUUACGACGUGGAUAUGCGUCGGAAGCUGAGGAGAAGGACCUAGUCAUCAUCGGUGGUGGUGUUGCGGGAUAUGUCGCAGCUAUCAAGGCUGGACAGGCGGGCAUGAAGGUCACUUGCAUCGAAAAGCGUGGCUCCCUGGGUGGAACCUGCUUGAACGUCGGCUGCAUUCCCUCCAAGUCCCUCCUCAACAACUCGCAUCUCUACCACCAGAUCCUCCACGAUACUAAGAGCCGCGGAAUCGAGGUCGGCGAUGUCAAGCUCAACCUCCCCGCCAUGAUGAAGGCUAAGGAGAGCUCCGUUUCUGGUCUCACAAAGGGAAUUGAGUUCCUUUUCAAGAAGAACAACGUUGAGUACAUCAAGGGUACUGGUGCGUUCCAGGACGAGCACACCAUUGCCGUCAACCUCACUGAAGGCGGCGAGACUACUGUCCGCGGAAAGAACAUCCUCAUUGCCACUGGUUCUGAGGCCACUCCUUUCCCUGGCUUGACCAUCGACGAGCAGAAGGUUAUCACAAGCACCGGCGCCAUUGCACUUCAGGAAGUGCCUAAGAAGAUGACCGUCAUCGGUGGUGGUAUCAUUGGCCUUGAGAUGGCCUCCGUUUGGUCGCGUCUUGGCUCUGAGGUCACCGUUGUUGAGUUCUUGGGCCAGAUUGGUGGCCCCGGCAUGGACAACGAAAUCGCGAAGCAGACCCAGAAGAUCCUUCAAAAGCAGGGCUUGAAGUUCAAGCUCAACACAAAGGUUACCGCUGGUGAGGUUCACAGCGCUGGUGUCAACGUUAGCGUCGAGGCCGCAAAGGGUGGAAAGGAGGAGACUCUCGAUGCGGACUGCGUCCUUGUUGCUAUCGGUCGUCGCCCAUACACUUCCGGUCUUGGUCUUGACAACAUCAGCCUCGAAACCGAUGAGAGGGGCCGCCUGAUCAUUGACCAGGAGUACCGCACCAAGAUCCCCCACAUUCGCGCCAUCGGAGACUGCACUUUCGGCCCUAUGCUUGCCCACAAGGCUGAGGAAGAGGCUGUCGCUGCCAUUGAGUACAUCCACAAGGGCCAUGGUCACGUCAACUACGGCGCCAUUCCUUCUGUUAUGUACACCCACCCUGAGGUUGCUUGGGUUGGCCAGAACGAGCAGGAACUCAAGGAGGCUGGUAUCAAGUACAAGACUGGAACCUUCCCUUUCACUGCCAACUCAAGAGCCAAGACCAACCUCGACACUGAGGGUAUGGUCAAGUUCCUGUCAGAUGCUCAGACCGACCGGAUAUUGGGUAUUCACAUCAUUGGUCCCAACGCUGGUGAGAUGAUUGCAGAGGGUACACUUGCACUGGAAUACGGCGCCAGCUCUGAGGAUGUUGCGCGCACAUGUCAUGCUCAUCCCACUCUUGCUGAGGCGUUCAAGGAGGCCGCCAUGGCCACCUACGACAAGGCUGUUCACUACUAG